CUCGCGCGCUUGCCCCCUCCCUUCCGCCCUCCUUCAGCAAGCCCAGCACCUCCCCGCUUUUAUGAGCACCCUCCUCAACAAGCCCUACGACGCCUUUGCCGACGAAGGCGCUGAGGACGAGGUCGAAGUCGAGGUCAAGGCCAAGCCCCAGACCAACCACAUCCACAUCCGUAUCCAGCAGCGCAACGGCCGCAAGACCAUCACGACCCUGCAGGGCGUUCCCGCCGAGUAUGACCCCAAGAAGCUCCUGAAGGCGUUCAAGAAGGAGUUUGCGUGCAACGGCUCGAUCGUCGAGCACGAGGAGAUGGGCAAGGUCAUCCAGCUCCAGGGCGACCAGCGUCAGAAGAUCAUGGAGAUCCUCAUCGAGGAGGGCAUCGAGAAGGACACGAUCAAGAUGCACGGUUUCUAAGCCCGCCCGCGCCUCGACCGACGUUCCCUCCCUUUCUCAGCACCUCUCCUCUCCUUCUUCGACCUUCUCUCGCCCCGUCAUCAUCCCCUCGCCGUUCCUCAUCGCCAUCCGCCGCAUCUCGCAUUCUCGCUCGACCUCGCCUUCCGCCUCGCCUUUCGCCGUCACCCUGCGUGCUGCGGCCCGCGCGCUUCCCGUGUGGGCGUCGCGUAUCGUCGACUGUACGUGCGGGCAGUGGUCGCAUAGACCGGGCGAGCGCGGCGAGUUGUCGUCAGGCGUUUGGGCGAGGAGCCGGGUCCGCAGCUUUCCUUUCCUCUCCUUCCCUCUUUCUUCUCCCUCUCGUACAAUCCCUCGACCCUGUAAACACCGAGUCGCAGUCUCUC